AUCUCUUUCAUUUUCCCCCCUCCCUCUCACUCUCCUCCUCACUUCUUCGUCCCACAAAAACACCUGCAAAAUUCAGAAAAAAAAAAAAGAGAGAGAAAAAUGACCGGCUCGGGCCAGCUCUUCCGAGAUCUCCUCAUCCUCGCCGUCUGCCUGGCUCUGUUCGCCCACGUGUCGGCCUUCUCGCCCCUCGAUUUCGCCGCCGUCAUGCCGUACUCCGCCGGCGAGUGCCGGGGCUCGAUCGCCGAGUGCUUGGCCGGCGGCGCAGGGGACGGUGAGUGGGGGGAGGAGCUGGCGAUGGACUCGGAGACGAACCGGCGCAUCCUGGCGGCUACGCGCUACAUCGGCUACGGGGCGCUGGGGCGGGACACGGUCCCCUGCUCCAAGAGAGGCGUGUCGUACUCCAACUGCCGUGCCGGCGCUGCGGCCAACCCCUACACUCGCGCGUGCGUCAAGAUCGCGCAUUGCAGGGGCUGAAGCGGAACGGAGAAGGCUAAAAAGAGUUUGCUUUUAUUUUCGCUGGAAAAUUCUGUAUUUAUCAUUUCCUUCUUCAUAUAAGUAUUAAGUAGGAAUUCAGUGUGGGUUCUUCGAAUUAUUGGAAUAAGGGAGCGUAUUAUUCGUGGGAGGGUAUAAUUGGGUUUUCCUAUUUGGUGCAACUUUCCUAUAUGUACAAUAUUUAUUCUUAUUCUAGUGUCAAAUGAAGCGAAUGCACAUUAAUAAAUUUAUA